CGACGCCAUUUCGUGUCCACUGGUUUCAAGGUGAUACAAUCAGCCUGCAGAACCGUAAGCGGAUCGUUAUCUACUCAAGUAAAAACAGCGUUGACUUUUACUCAUUUUUAGUAGUAAGCUCCUGUUUUUGAAGCCACUUUUUUGAACAGCGGCAAAUCAGUCAGACAGGCAGGCAGACCUCCACCGACCCGAGCACAGACACAAUGGAUUGGUCAUCGUCGUCAUCCACCUCCAGCCUGAUGGCCAGCAGCAACGUGACCAACAAGACCGAUCCCCGCUCCCUCAACUCCCGCGUCUUCAUCGGCAACCUCAACACACUGCUGGUCACCAAGGCUGACGUGGAGGCCAUCUUUUCCAAGUAUGGCAAGAUCGUGGGUUGCUCCGUCCACAAGGGCUAUGCAUUCGUCCAGUACUCCAAUGAGAGGAAUGCUCGGGCGGCCGUGGCCAGCGAGGACGGACGCAUGAUUGUGGGACAGGUCCUGGACAUCAACCUGGCAGGCGAACCGAAGCCUCACAGAUCGAAGACAGUAAAGCGUUCUGCCGGAGACAUGUAUAGUUCAUCUUUUGACUUGGACUAUGACUUUCAAAGAGAUUAUUAUGAUAGGAUGUACUCCUACCAGUCCCGGGUGCCUCCUCCCCCUCCACCCCUGUCUCGCGCUGUCAUCCCUUCAAAGCGUCCCAGGGUCAGUCUGAGUGGAGGGGGUAGUAGACGAACCAAAACCAGCUUCUCCUCCUCCUCCAAAAGUAGCCAGAGGACCUCACGUACGAUGAAGGUAGAUGAUCUGCAGACCAUCAAGAGAGAACUCACACAGAUUAAACACAAGGUGGACUACCUGCUGGAGAGCUUAGAGCGCAUGGAGAAGGACCACAGCAAGAAGUCUGACAUGAAGAGCUCCAAACCAGAGCCCGGUGAAGUGUCCCCACUUCACUCAUCUACCUCCAGCAAGAAGGAGGACAGCCUGAAACGGGACAGAGAGAGCCAGGAGCUGAACGACUCCGAGGAGGAGGGAGAUCUGCUGGAGGACGAGGAUGAGAUGAAAAGCAGAGGGAGAGAGGAGGACGAGGAGGAGGAAGGCGAGCAGGAGGAAGGAGAGGACGACGGCGACAGCGCCAACGGAGACCAGUCCUAAACACUACGCAGGCAGACAGGCAGACACGCAUGCACAAAACAAUUGUGUAUGAUUGUGUUACCACACCAGACUUGUACACACACAAUGUUCAUGUGCUCAUAUCUGCUGAAUUGACUGGACAUUUAUAUACAGUGUAUUGUAGAUAUUUCUCUCUGUCACAUAGAUACACAUAUUCAUAAAUAUGUAAAGUACCUAUUUCUGAAUUUGGUACUUUGACUUCCUUUACUUUUUUUUUUUUUUUAAUUUUACUGAUAUUUUCUGACACUGGAUAAAUCAUGAUAAAACAUUGUUGUGUUACAUUUAGACAAAAUGCCUUCCGUUGAUGAUAGAUGUAACAUAUUGUACAUUUGAACUCAGGGCUAUGAGCCUCUCCAGUGUAAGAAAUUGAAAGGAAAAGAGCUUAGCCCUCAUCAGUUAUUGAUUUUAGAUGAAUGUGUUGACUUGUUGCCAAAAAUUGAACAAAGUACCACUCAGCAGUGGCUGACAUUUAAACAAAACUGGAUUGAAAUAUGCUCAGGUGCAGUGGUUUGAAUUUAAGGUCAGUUGUGAGAGAAAAUAUCAGACAUGAUAGUACAGCCCGGGCUUGAAAUAAAAUGUAAACUGUAUUCCUGAUCCAGCUGUUGUACAGCUGCCUUCUAACCAGCAGAUGGCAGUGUGUCAUAACAACUGGCCACACAAAAUGACUCAUUUCUGUUGCUCACAGAAAAUCUUGACCUUCUGCUUUGUCAGAUAAAAUGAGCGUGUACAAAAUUUCAUGUUGGGCUGCAGAAAUGCUCAGACAUAAUCCUCAUGGCUCUGAAAAUAGUUUUGUUUGUUGCGGAGGUGUUACGACCUUAAUCGACCUUGACUUGUGAAAUGCAGUGCUACUCCAUGUUUGUCUGUUUCUGUUGAUGUUCUGUUUGUCAUUCAUCUGCACUGGUGAAAGUGAAUAAACAUGUUUUCCAAGUCGGA